CCGAGCGCUGCACCGAGCGCAGCCGGACGCGCUCGACUGACCGGGUCGCUGUGGCAACGCGGCGGGACCGGGCAGCGCUGCAGGCGGGAGUUCGGAUAUCUCUGGAAAACUCAAACUGCUUUUCCUUUACUGUCAUACCACAAGAAUCAUCAGCACAGAGGAAUACUUCUGUGAUCAAAUGUGGCGGGAGAGGGAGUUUUUCACCAGCACGUGAGCAGUCAGUUCUGCCGCAGACUCGGCGGGUGUCCUGCCUGCCUGGAGAGAGGUCACACCACAGGGUGAGGGCUCAGUCCCCAAGACAUAACCACCCAACAAGUCCACCCCGCCUGCUGCCCAGGCAGAGCCGAUUCACCAAGACGGGAAUUAGGAUAGAGAAAGAGUGAGUCACGCAGAGCCAGCUGUGCGGGAGAACGGAGUUUUAUUAUGACUCAAAUCAGUCUCCCCGAGCAUUCGGGGAUCAGAGUUUUUAAGGAUAACUUGGUGUGUAGGGGGCCAGUGAGUUGGAGAUGAAAGUGUAGGGAGUCGAAGGUGUCCUCUUGCACCGAGUCAGUUCCUGGGUGGGGGCCACAAGAUCGGAUGAGCCAGUUUAUCAAUCUGGGGGGUGCCAGCUGAUCCAUGGAGUACAGGGUCUGCAAAAUAUCUCAAGCACUGAUUGAUCUUAGGUUUUACAAUAGUGAUGUUACCCCAGGAACAAUUUGGGGGAGGUCAGAAUCUUGUAGCCUGUAGCUGCAUGACUCCUAAACCAUAAUUUCUUUUUUUAUUUUUAUUUUUAUUUUUGAGACAAGGUCUCACUCUGUCACCUAGGCUGGAGUGCAGUGAUGCAAUCACGGCUCACUGCAGCCUCAACCUCAUAGGCUCAAGCGAUCCUCCCACCUCAGCCUCCCUGGUAGCUAAGACUACAAGCGUGCACCAUCACGUCCCAGUUAAUUUUUGUAUUUUUGGCAGAGGCAGCGUUUUGCCGUGUUGCCCAGGCUGGUCUCGAACUCCUGGGCUCAAGUGAUCCAGCCUCAACCUCCCAAAGUGCUGGGACAACAGGGGCCAGUCACUGCACCUGGCCCUAAACCAUAAUUUCUAAUCUUUUGGCUAAUUUGUUAGUCCUACAAAGGCAGUCUAGUCCCCAGGCAAAAAGGGGGUUUGUUUCGGGAAAGGGCUGUUACUGUCUUUGUUUCAAACUAUAAACUAAGUUCCUCCCAAACUUAGUUCGGCCUACACCCAGGAAUGAACAAGGAGAUCUUGGAGGUUAGAAGCAAGAUGGAAUUGGUUAGGUCAGAUCUCUUUCACUGUCUCAGUUAUAAUUUUGCAAUGGUGGUUCAAAGACUGCCCCGCUUCUGACACCAGUCACGAGUCCUGGCCUCCGGAACUUCUGACUGACCACUGGCUUCAAGUUGGGGUUCCCACAACACCCUCUUUGGGUUCGAUUGAUUUGCUGGGGUGACUCACAGAACCCAGGGAAACACUUACAUGUAACAGUUUAUUACAAAGGGUAUUACAGAGGAUUCAGAUGAGGAGAUGCGUAAGGGGAGAUAUGGGGGAAGGGGCUUCCUGGAGGACCCCCCCCACACCCCACCCACCACUCCCCAGGAACCUCUCCACACCCUGCCCUCUUGGGUUUUUAGGGAGGCUUCCUAAAGUCAGCAUUCCUUCCCCCAGGGUAGAGGUUGGGAGCUCUGGGGAGGGUCUUAUGACCUACAGUGGAAAGUCAGGUGAGAGUGGAGACCUGGAAGGAUUCUGUUUCCUGAGGCCUGACACGCCCAACAUUGCAACAAAAGACUGUGACGUGUGAGAGUUAUGAGCCAGGAACUGUGCAAGAAAACCAUGAUGUGUCAUUAUACCACAACAGCAGCUACCAUGCUGCCACUGGGCUCAGAGCCGGCCCUGAAUGAGCUGCUGCUUCGCAAGGAGGAGGAGUGGAGGGCGCUGCAGGCCCACCGCACCCAGCUGCAGGAGGCGGCUCUGCAGGACACACGGAGACAGCUGGAGGAGGCGCAGGGGAAACUGCGGUGCCUGCAGGAGGACUUCAUCUACAACCUUCAGGUGCUGGAGGAGCGGGACCUCGAGCUGGAGCGCUAUGACGCCGCCUUCGCCCAGGCCAGGGAGUGGGAGGAGGCCAGGCGGGCAGAGGUGAGCGAGCUCAAGAUAGAGGCGGCUAAGCUGAGGCAGGCGCUAGCCAGAGAGGCCAGGAAGGUGGAGGAGCUGCAGCAGCAGCAGCAGCUGGCGUGCCAGGAGCAUCGCCUGGAGCUGGAGCGCGUCCACAGUGACAAGAAUGGUGAGAUCGACCACCACCGGGAACAAUAUGAAAAUCUAAAAUGGACGCUGGAGAGAAAACUUGAGGAGCUCGACGGUGAGCUUGCUCUGCAGAGACAGGAACUGCUGCUGGAGUUUGAAUUGAAAAUGCGGAAGAGGGAGCACGAAUUCCGUCUGCAGGCUGACAACAUGAGCAACACAGCCUUGUCCCGGGAGCUUAAGGUUAAACUACUGCACAAAGAGCUGGAGGCUCUGAAGGAAGCCGGGGCAAAGGCUGCAGAGAGCCUGCAGAGGGCAGAGGCCACCAAUGCCGAGCUGGAGAGGAAGCUCCAGAGCCAAGCCGGAGAGCUCCGGGACUUGGAGGCCGUGAGCCGCGCCCGGGUAAAGGACUUAGAGGAUAAACUUCACUCUGUGCAGCUAACCAGGAAGAAGGAAGAGGAAACAUUUAAGAGGAAGCAUGAGGAGCUUGACCGUCUGGCCAGGGAGAAGGAUGCGGUGCUGGUGGCGGUGAAGGGAGCCCAUGUGGAGCAGCUGCAGGAGCUGCAAGCCAGGGUUCUGGAGCUGCAGGCCCACUGCGAGACCCUCGAGGCACAGCUCCGCAGGGCAGAGUGGAGACAGGCUGACACCGCCAAGGAGAAGGACGCUGCCAUUGACCAACUUCGUGAAGAUGCAUCAACUGUAAAAUCUGCCUGGGAUGCUCAGAUUGCUCAACUAUCUAAGGAGAUGGUCUCCAAAGACCUUCAGAUUCAGACGCUGCAGGAAGAAGAGGUGAAGCUCAAGGUACAGGUGGCCCGAUCCCAGCAGGACAUUGAAAGGUACAAGCAACAGCUGUCCCUGGCGGUGGAAAGGGAGCAGAGCCUGGAGCGUGAUCAGGUGCAGCUGGGCCUGGACUGGCAGCGCCGCUGUGACGACAUUGAAAGGGACCAGAUCCAAAAGUCAGAGGCCCUGAUUCAGGGUCUGACCACGGCAAAAAGUCAGGUUGCUGCCAAGCUGCAGGAGACAGAGCAGGCGCUACGGGAGCAGGAGGUGGUGCUGAAGGCUGUGACCCUGGAACGAGACGAGGCCAUGCAGGCCCUGAGGAUACAUGGGCUCCCCGGACCAGGGGCACAGAUGCUCCUCAGGCAGCAUGAAGAAGAAAUAAGUAAAGACUUUCCAUCCAGUGAGAUCCAGCGGCUCCGAGAGCAGAACAUGAGCUUGCGAAACGCGAUUGCCCAGAUGAGGAAAGAAAUGGAGGCUCUAAGCCAUCAGAUUCCUCCUCCUGUCCAGACAGCAACAGAGAGCACAGAUGCAAACCAGCCUGACCCAGAGGCUGGGGGUGAUGCCACCACUCCUGAUUAUGUUCUGGCCCUUGAAGCAGAAAUAAGAACUCUAAAGCAUAAGUUUAAAACUCUGGAAAAGCAUCUAGAAGAUACGUUGGAUCCUUUAAAGAUGUCCUCACCUCAUGCUAAGUCUCAGCCCAGCGUCCGCACCUCGACAGAGACGACUGGAGGGUCUGCCCAAGCUGGUCAAGCCGGAGGGUCUGUCCAAGCUGGUCAAGCAGGAGGAUCUGUCCAAGCUGGCCCAGUAUCCUCUGGACUGGCACUCAGGAAGCUUGGGGACAGAGUGCAGCUCCUAAACCUGCUGGUGACACGACUCAGACAGAAGGUGCUGCGGGAACCCCUGGAGCUGGCCGCUCUCCAGCAUGAGCUUCCCCGUGAGGUGGACCAGGUACACCUGGAGAUUUUGGAGCUGCGGAAGCAGGUGGCUGAGCUGGGGAAGCAUCUCAGGAUAGCCCAGCAUGGGGGAGCGGAGCCUUCAGGCAGGAAGCAGCCCCCAGCCUCGGACGCCGUGGCCCUUGGGAGAGAGGGCCUCGCCAAGAGAGGGCCUAUGGAGGCCGAGGACCAGGGGGAGCUUUUCCUGCACCUCCAGUCGGUGGCACGUGCCCCCCAGACCUUAUCUGUGCACCAACUCCAGAGGAAGCUGAAGGAGGCAGCCAGAAAAAUCAUCAGCCUCCGCCUGGAGAAAGAGCAGCUCAUCGAGAUGGGGAACAGGCUCCGUGCAGAGCUGGGCCGGCCCGAAAGGUGGCUGUUGCACCACACCCUCCCUCCUGCCCCUGAGGCCCGGAAGCCAGGCGAGGAGCCCAGGAGGCCUUUGGAUCGCAGCCCACCUUUGGGACAGGUGCAGCCCCAUUUUGCAGCUCAGGACGCCAAGAGUGCCAAGGAUGAGUGUCCUUCCAGACACUUGGGAAAGCACCGGCCCCGCUCAGCACAGGUGGGCAGCAGACUUGACGCCCUGCAAGGCCCGAAGACACAACACAGCAUCCACACGGUGACCUGUAAAUCACCUCAGCAGCAAGAAGACAGGUCCCCAAAGCCACCCCAGGCUCCCGAGCGCCCUGAGGAGCAUCGUCGCCAAUCCCACAGCUCCUCCUCCUUUUCCAGUGGCGCCCUCCAGGACACGUGGAGGUUGCUAGACCUGGGAUCCAGCCCUUCUGGUCUCACCUCCCAGGGUGACUCAACUCCAGAGCUCCCAGCUCCUCCAGCAGCCCACAGGAGCCCUGUCAAGAUGCAAGCAGGCGUUGCCACCCCAGGGAUGAAGACGGCAGCCCAGGCAAAGGCCAAGCCCACAGGAGCCUCCCGGUCUCAUCCUGCAAAAGCUAAAAGCUGCCAGAGGCCCCCCAAGAUCCGUAACAACAUUAUGGACACUUCCUCCCCCCCCGUCCCGCCCCGCCCCACUCGGGGUGCCUGUGCUUUCACCUACGUGUUGGAGGUGUGUGGGCACAGCGUGCAGGGUGGAGGCAGGGAGCUGCAGGGCAGGCUCCCAAAUGCUGCUGAGGCGACCCUGCUGACUGAAGGCCUCCCUGAGCACAGGGCCCAUUAAAACCAGGUUCCUCCCUGGGGCA